AUGAAUGAAAACAAAGAUACUGAAAAAAAAACUACAAAACAGAAUGCAGCCCCCAUUGGAGAAUCUUUGAAUGUGGAUUGCGCGGGAGGAAAGGAGGGUGAAGCUCUCGCCAAAAUGAAAACACAGGAAGUGGUCCAUAAUGGUAACAGACUAGUGGAUGAAACAGGUACUGAAAAGGUAGCUGAUAUAUCCUCAGGUCAUACUACUACUACCAAUGGAUACCAAUCUGAUGGCACGGGAACAGACACUAAAGAAGCUGGACUUGGUGUUGUGGCAGCUCCUAAAAUUGAUGUACAGGAAAUUGAUAUGGACAAACUAAAGAAAAAGGCAGUUAUUAAUGGGAAUAUGGUUCCAGUUUCUUUUGUAGAAACAACAGAUGCCAAAAACACUACAGAACAAGUUAAAAAAGACUUUAAAGACAAUUCAAGUGAAACUUCUGAUAACACAGAAAUCAUUUCCUCUUCUUUUGACAAAUCUGUGCCACUGUCAUUAGGCUGUGAUAAAAAUGGUCACAUGCAGGCGAAAGAAGUACAUGAAGUAUCGGCAGAUUUACCAAGUACAAGGCCUACUGAAAAUCUAGAAACAGUUUCAGGGUCUGUAAGCACCAGGACAAGUAGAAGCCGCAGCAAAACUCCAGUCACCACACGGAGCAGAAGCGGAACCCCAGUCAGUGUUGCGGGUACAGCCUCUUCUAUAGACGAUAGUAGGAGUAGUACUCCAUUGAGCACUGCACUUAGCAGCUGUACUACAGUGAUUUCUGAUGGUAGCAGGAGUUCAUCUCCAGAUCCCACCACAAAGAUCGAAACUGCUAUAGAUAAAGUACAGUGUAAUUCUAGCAUUCAGGAAACUGCCACAGGUGAAAGUAACAUGAAAGACUCCAUGACAUUGACAGAGACUCUGAAAGACAAAUGUGUCGAGGAAUCUGAUAUUUUAGAAAAUUCGUUGAAAGUCUCAGAAAGUCAGACCAUUGAACUUAGUUCUGAAUCAAAAGUUGCUGUGCACUCUUCUGUAGAUGAAGCAGCAGACACUACAAACCCUCCAUGUGACACUGAAAAAAAGGAUUCUUUAGAUGCAAAUUCAAGUGCCCGUAGUUCUGUGGAGCGUUCGUUCAUCGAUAAUGCACGAAGCUCUGAAGAGCGAAAUUUAGAAAGUCCAUUAGGUAAUCUCUCAGGUUGUCGAAGUUCAGAGGAACGAUCUCUGGACUCGACAGACAGUGCAAUGUCAAAUAAAUCCAGAACAAUUGUGCCUAAAGCCCGAAAGUCAGGGUUUCCUUCAUCAUCUGCAAAAAAACGUGACAUGGUGCUUCCAAACAAUGUCAUUGUAAAGUUACCCGACUUUGAUAAUCCUAUCCAAAUUGAUAGUCGGACACUGGAGAAAAUAAGCAGAUUAGGUAAAAUGGAAAACAAGCAUAAGGGGGCAGGUCCCUCUAAAUUUCAUGAUAAACAUUUACAAAAGAAAUCUUCUCCAAAGCUCUCAAAACGCUCACCACCUAUUCUAUCUAGUCCAAGUAAGAAAUUUCCUUAUAAACGAAGAAAACGGAAAUUAGGAGGUUAUAAACUUCCCAAUGAGAUUCGUAAAGGUAAAACAGGAAAAAAGAAAAAUGACUCUGAAAGUGGAAAGGACACUAAAGGUUCAGAUUGUGAUGAUAGUAUAGAUUAUCAAAUGAAUGUAGACAUAAACGAGAGUCAGGAUAUUGAAAGUGAUGCAUCUGCAAUGGAUGUAGACGAUGGAUCUUGUGUAGAGGAACAGUCAUCAGUGCUGUCACAUGUUGAUGACAAACCAACUGCCAUUACACUGGAAGCUGAACUCCAUAAUGAACAUUGUAAUGUAGGUGAAGGUGAUAAAGUGUCAACUAAUUCCAUGGUUGUUACAAGUCCAGAAGCAUCCAAAGAUGGCAGCAAUAAAUGUGUAUGGGACAUCUUCAAGAAUUCUAAUUCCACACCAAAAAGUAAAAAUAUUUUGGGUAGUACACGAAGCACAAAGGGAACAUGUGUCCGGAAGUUAGAUAAAAUUGGAAAGGAGUUGCAUAAAGGUAAAACUAUGGACGAUUAUUUGCUGGGAAACCACAUAAAAUCUGAACUGGAAGUGGAGACCCAGGUAUCUGAGUCAAUCGUAAUGAAUACUCCAUCUUCGCACAAAAUAGAUCCAGAUGAAACGAGGAAAAGGAAAAAAGUGGAAGAUGAUGAUUCUGAUGAGGAAGUGACGAUCCGUGCCAAUCCCAUGUCAACCCCACAGUCCGCCAUUCAGCAUCAGUCCGGCAAGAAGCUGAAGCUGGAGGACACUCGCAAGACCCUAAUAACUGUGCUCAAUACCCCACCCGGCUCUAUGCCAACCCCAACAGGCCUACGCUCUCUACUGCCUCGCUCACUAAUGGGGAGCCCAAGCAACACAAUGCCAAGGCUUGAAACUCACACAACAAUGCAAAAUGUUAUGACUUCCCACAAUCCGCCAAAGCUGAUAGUGUUGUCAUCAACGCCACAGUCUAACGCAACACAGCAGCCUCCUUUCAGUUCUAGUAUAUCCAUGGUAACAAAGCCCUUUACUACAGGGUCCACAUCCUUGAUUUCCACGCCCUUGUGUAUAAAAAAUAAUAAUACUCAGCCGCAGAUAAUGGAGCUGACACCACAGGGUCGGGCUCCUGUCCUUAAGAAUCUGUUAACUGAAAAUAUGGACAGGAUGGUGUGCCUUGGAGGGGUUGAACCUGACUCAGAAAAAGAAAAUAGUACAGACUCUCUACCAUCUAGUAUGAGUUACCCAGUCACUCCACCCAAGACACCUGAUGACCAGCACAGUGAGGACAUGUGUUCAGUUCCUAUAAAAUCUGGCAUAGAUUAUAUUCAAGCCCCUCCAGGUCCGACUCCGCCAGAUAAGGAUGUCAUCCCUUUGUGCUGCUGUAAAAUCAAUGGUGCUAGUUUUAAAAAGCUUGGAUGUAGUACAACGUACUGCCAGGCCCUUGAUUCUAUUGAUGGAAAGGUGAUGGGUUGCUGCAAUAAAGUAACAGGCUCUCAGCUGGUUCGACCUGGAGUCAAGAUACCAUUCAUGGCCCUUUGUGAGGUCCAUCGUAAACGAUUACGUCUACAUCAGUGUUGUCCAGGCUGUGGUCAUUUCUGUACACAGGGCAAGUUUUACCAUUGUAAGAAGGAAGGGUCUGUAUCUGUUCAUCACUUCCAUAAACAAUGUCAGGUACUGAAGGGAGGCAAGUAUUACUGCCCUCACUGUGGAGAAGAGUCUCAGCAGUUUGAAGUGUCCUUGUCAUUAGAGGAGCCUGGCACAGAGAGCCAGUCAGAGGAAAAACCCAAUGCCAGGGCAGCACAUGGAAACAGAGCCAAGAUUUCCAUCCAUGCUCAUACAUACAGAUCAUUCCUGAAACCAGAAAAGGAUCCAAGUGAAGACCAGAUAACUGCCUCCCAUAAACUUUCUAGUGAUAAAACACUGUCCACAGGUGGAGUUCCUAUUGGACCAGACAAAAAUGCCCUUGAAAAGGUCAUAAACAGCUUGGCUGUUGAAAGGCCACUGAAGUACCGUAAAUUGCCGAAAUCUAUGUACAACCCAGCGUAUGAGGGAGACUUGGAAAAGAUAAUCUUCAUGAUUGUGGAUGGUUUUGAUCCCAAUGAGAAGUAUGAGGACUACGACAACCAAACUUCAUUACACGCUGCAGCUAUUGGAGGAAGUCUACCUGUUGUUCACCUGCUUAUACAGGCAGGGGCAUCAAUCCACAAAAUAGACAAGGAGAUGAAGACUCCCCUAAUGUAUGCAGCAGAAAACAACCAUGUCAAUAUAGUUCAAUACUUCCUCAAGAUGGAUGCUGAUGUUACGUUAAGGGCUGAGGAUGGUAUGACUGUACUACAUUAUGCCGCCAAAGCUGGUCAUGUGGAAGUGCUCAAGUUACUUCUGAAGGCAGACAAGAUUGACAUUAACGUACAGGAUGAUGGUGGUUGGACACCGAUUAUUUGGGCAUCUGAACACAAAUAUGUGAAUGCAGUGAAAUAUUUAGUGAAGAAUGGUGCUGAUCCUAAUCUCAAAGAUAAGGAGGAGAAUACAAGUCUUCACUGGGCUGCCUUCUCAGGUAGUGUGGAUAUCGCCGAAAUAUUUCUGAAUGCAGGCUGUGAUUUAGAGACUCCAAAUGAACAUGGAGACCGUCCAUUACACAUUGCAGCACGACAAGAUCACUAUGAGUGUGUAGUCUUAUUCCUAGCUCGUGGUGCUGAUGUGGAAGCUAAAAAUAACGAAAAUGAAGUGCCUAUCCAGUGUUGUCUGAAUGAAAACAGUCCUGUCUGGUUGGCUCUAAGAGUUAACAAACAGCUGAAAGGAUUUGCUGCAGCCAGAAUGGGCAGGCCAGAGAGGUUGAUUCAUAGGGAUGUGUCAAUGGGUAGAGAAAACAUUCCAAUAGCAGUAGUGAAUGGUACAGACGAUGAUCCCAUACCAACAGAUUUCCAGUACAUUACAGAGAAUGUGGAAACAGUUGACCUAAAUAUCAACAGGACCAUCAGUAGUCUACAGAGUUGUCGCUGUAGUGAUAAUUGUUCCUCCAUGUUCUGUGUGUGUGGACGCAACAGUGUCAAGUGCUGGUAUGACCGUGGUUGUCGACUUUUACCAGACUUCAACAUGUUGGAGCCUCCAUUGAUAUUUGAGUGUAAUAAAGCCUGUCGGUGUUGGAGCACUUGUAACAAUCGUGUAGUCCAGAUGGGAAUAGCGAGCCGACUGCAGAUGGUGAAAACUCAUGGCCGUGGCUGGGGAGUUAAAUCACUGUUAGAUAUACCAAAGGGCACAUUUAUUUGCGAGUAUAUUGGUGAACUCAUCUCAGAUUCCGAAGCAGACAGUAGAGAGGAUGAUUCCUACCUGUUUGACCUCGACAAUAGGGAUGGAGACACCUACUGCAUUGACGCUCGUCGCUAUGGCAACAUCAGUCGUUUCAUCAACCACCUUUGCGAACCAAACCUGAUUCCAGUCAAGGUGUUUGUGGAGCACCAGGAUCUUCGCUUCCCUCGGAUAUGUUUCUUCUCCUCACGUGAUAUCAAAUCAGAUGAAGAGCUUGGGUUUGAUUAUGGAGAGAAGUUCUGGAUGAUUAAAUGGAAGCAGUUUACAUGUGCCUGUGGCUCACCAAAGUGUAAAUAUUCUAAUGAAACUAUCCAGAAAACUCUGGAGGACUAUCGCCUUCGACACGAGGAGGAAGGAAUCGGUGAAGGUGGAACCACGUAGUUGUAACUAGAGGGACCAUUCAGCAAUUGUAGGAUAAAGCAAGGAUUAAUUGGAGUAGACUUGUUUGUAUGUGUGCUAUUAAAUGUGGAUUACUAUUUUGUUAUGAAUACAAUAUCACUUUCGGUUUAAAGUUGUGUCACAAAUGUACUCACAAAUAUGUAUGGGCAGUUUAUGUGUAGUAAUUGUUGAACUAGAUGUAUAUGAAUGGAACACUUGUGGUUUUGAUUUGUUGAUUGUUGAAGGGGCAGCUGUCAAAAUGAAACUUUAUAACUCAUUAAACUGAUAUGGAUGUAGGAUUGGUAUAGAUGUAGGUUUUGAUGGCCAUCUCAGUGUCUCAAAUUGUUACAAAACUGGUGAAUGUUGGAACAAAUGUUCACUUGUAAAACAUUUCCUGGCUUUAAAAUAAAUAUUUUGGAUAUUCAAUUUCAUAAUUCCCAGCAAAAUAGUGUUUUAAAGUUUAGAAUUUUGAUAACACAAGCAUCAGUACCAUUGGAUCAACUAUUGCAGCAUCAGCAUUCUUCAGUGUGGUUUAGCUUUCUGGUAUAUAUGCUGUUUUAGUUUAUUGUAUCUAUAUGGUGUAGAGUCUAUAGGAUUUCUUCUCUAUGAUCACUGACCUUCACCUUCUGAUAUCUUGUGGUCACUUUCUUGACUGGGUAAAAUCCAUGAUGACUGUCCUUCACCUCACAUUCUAGUAACCAUGGUGACUGACCACCUGACCUUUACCUUGCUUUCUGGUAUCCUUUGUAAAUGACCUUCAUCACACAUUCUAGUAUCCUUGGUAACUGACCUUCACUUCAAAUUCGAGUAUCCUUGGUAACUGACCUUCACACAUUCUAGUAUCCUUGGUAACUGACCUUCACACAUUCUAGUAUCCUUGGUAACUGACCUUCACUUCAAAUUCUAGUAUCCUUGAUAACUGACCUUCACACAUUCUAGUAUUCUUGGUAACUGACCUUCAUCUCACAUUCUAGUAUCUUUGGUAACUGACCUUCACACAUUCUAGUAUCCUUGGUAACUGACCUUCACUUCAAAUUCUAGUAUCCUUGAUAACUGACCUUCACACAUUCUAGUAUUCUUGGUAACUGACCUUCAUCUCACAUUCUAGUAUCCUUUGGUGACCUUCUAGCAGAUGCUGUCACUAGUAUUCACAUUCUAGUAUUCAUAUAUCAGUUGAUGCCAGUUGGUGGAGGUAAAAGUGCUUCACUUUUAAAUAUAUUAGUCAGUUGAUGUUUUGUGGGUCAUACUUGCAAAAUGAAGCUCCAGAUGGUGUAAAUGUCACAAUGUGUUCACUCCUCAAUAUUAUAACCAAUAAGGAAUGUAUGAAUUAUCAGCAUACUGGGUAUGGUGAAUUGUUCUGUAUAUUUGCAAAACAACAUCUAUGUUCAGAGUUUUGUUAUUUAAUACUGAUCUGUCUGGUGUUAUUUAUGUUGUUGCUAUUGCAGCAUGUACAUAUUAUUGGGUUCAUAUGAAAUUGGAAUUAUGCUGUAGAUUGAAAUAUUAAUAUAAUAACUAGUAAUCAUAUUUUAAAAGAUAGCAUUUUGCUUUGCUUAUUUUUUAAGACAUGCUAUUUUAUUUGGGACAUGAAGAAUUAAUUUAAGAAUGAUUCUGAUAGCAUUUGAUGCUUGUAUCUAGAAAUGUAAAGUGAUCAUCAUUAAAGAAUAAUUAGAAGUUUGUGCUACAGAAAAUGGUUUUUGUCAUUAAAAGUAAAAUUUAAAAAAAAAAAAAAAAAAAGCAGAAUUCAGCAUCGAU